UUUGGUGGUGAGGGAGAAGAUGUAUGUUUAAAAUGGCGACAUUAUCUUUCCUUUCCGAGGAGCAGAAGCGACCUAUAAUUAUAAAAGUGGCAUAGCAUAACGUAACAAUGUUGUCAUAUGGUUGCCACAUUCGACAUCUCUCUGUCUUAAAUUCCACUCGCCUCCGACAACAUUCUUCUUCAAUCGCUAAGACAGCAAUGGGUUCUCUCUCUGCUCUCUACCAACCUAUCCAAUAUCCCACUGCUCGCAGAGACGACUCCGUCCUUGACGACUUCCACGGCGUCAAGAUUGCUGAUCCUUACCGAUGGCUGGAGAAUCCGGAGGCAGAGGAAGUGAAAGAGUUCGUGCAGAAACAGGUUGCGCUGACGGAUUCGGUGCUGCAGAGGUGCGACUGUAGGCCCAAACUGGCCGAGAAGAUAACCAAGUUGUUUGAUAAUCCUCGUUACAACGCUCCUUUCAGACGAGGCGAUAAUAAGUAUUUUUACUUCCACAACACGGGGCUUCAGGCGCAGAGCGUGCUCUAUGUGCAGGACACUCUGGAGGCUGAGGCUGAGGUUUUGCUCGACCCAAAUGCCCUCAGUGAAGAUGGCACUGUCUCACUCAACACGCUAUCCGUUAGCAAAGACGCUGAGUUUUUGGCUUAUGGACUUAGUUCCAGCGGCAGUGACUGGGUCACAAUAAACUUGAUGCGUAUUCGGGACAAGACUGUCCAGCCUGACACUUUAUCUUGGGUCAAGUUUUCCUCUAUUAGUUGGACGCAUGAUACCAAAGGUUUCUUUUACAGCCGCUAUCCCGCACCAAAGGAUGGAGAACUAGUAGAUGCUGGGACUGAGACUAAUGCAAACCUUUAUCAUGAGCUCUAUUAUCAUUUUUUGGGUACUGAUCAAUCACAAGAUAUUCUGUGUUGGAGGGAUCCUGAGAAUCCUAAAUAUAUGUUUGGAGGAACUGUUACUGAGGAUGGCAAGUAUGUUCUUCUCUAUAUCGAAGAAGGGUGUGAUCCAGUUAACAAGCUUUAUUACUGUGACUUGUCUGAACUUCCAAACGGGCUGGAAGGUUUUCGGAAUGAGAGUUCCCUCCUCCCAUUUGUCAAGCUGGUUGAUAAAUUUGAUGGACAAUAUCAAGCCAUUGCAAAUGAUGACACAUUGUUUACAUUUUUAACUAACAAAGAUGCCCCAAAAUAUAAACUAGUCCGAGUAGAUUUGAAAGAACCAAAUGCUUGGACCGAUGUUAUCCCAGAGUCUGAAAAAGAUGUGCUUGAGUCAGCACGUGCUGUAAAUGGUAAUCAACUGAUUGUGAGCUAUUUGAGUGAUGUGAAAUAUGUUCUGCAAGUAAGAGACUUGGAAACAGGUUCCUUGCAACAUAAGUUACCAAUUGACAUUGGCACAGUCAGUGAAAUUUCUGCACGGCGUGAAGACACUGUGCUUUUCAUUGGUUUUACAAGCUUUUUGACUCCUGGAAUCAUAUACCAGUGCGACCUGGGAACACAAACUCCUGACAUGAAGAUAUUUCGUGAGAUUGACAUCCCUGGGUUUGAUCGCUCUGAGUUUCAUGUCAAUCAGGUUUUUGUGCCUUCUAAAGACGGUACCAAGAUUCCAAUGUUCAUUGUUGCCAGAAAGGAUAUUGUUUUGGAUGGUUCACACCCUUGUCUGUUAUAUGGAUAUGGCGGCUUUAACGUCAGUCUUACACCAUAUUUCAACAUCAGUCGCACUGUAUUGGCAAGACAUUUAGGUGCUGUUUUCUGCAUAGCAAAUAUACGUGGUGGUGGAGAAUAUGGGGAGGAAUGGCAUAAAUCUGGCUCCCUUGCAAAUAAGCAAAACUGCUUUGAUGAUUUCAUUUCAGCAGCUGAAUACCUUGUAUCUGCUGGUUAUACCCAACCCAGAAAGUUAUGUAUCGAGGGUGGAAGCAAUGGUGGACUUCUUGUUGGCGCUUGCAUAAAUCAGAGACCUGAUCUUUUUGGUUGUGCCCUGGCUCAUGUUGGUGUUAUGGACAUGUUACGGUUCCACAAAUUUACAAUAGGUCAUGCUUGGGCCACAGACUAUGGUUGUUCAGAAAAGGAGGAAGAAUUUCAUUGGCUGAUCAAGUACUCACCAUUGCAUAACGUCCGGAGACCUUGGGAACAGCAUCCCGAUCAGUCAAUUCAGUACCCAUCAACAAUGCUAUUGACUGCUGAUCAUGAUGAUCGUGUUGUGCCAUUGCAUUCGUUAAAGCUGUUGGCGACCCUGCAGUAUGUCCUCGUUACCAGCCUUGAUAAAAGUCCCCAAACAAACCCAAUAAUUGGUCGCAUUGAAUGCAAGGCUGGGCAUGGAGCUGGGCGUCCAACACAGAAAAUGAUAGAUGAAGCUGCCGACCGGUACAGUUUCAUGGCCAAAAUGUUAGACGCACAUUGGAUUGAAUAGAGGAGCAUAUUCAAACAUAGGGUGGAGGAAGGAAAAACAGAAUAUUUUUUUUCUGACGGCAAGAGGCUAUUUCAUUUCUUCCUUUUCCACCCAUGAAAGGAAAGGAAUUGCAUUUGGUGGCCAAGAGGGCAUGUCAAUUAUAAAUUUAUUUUUUGGGAGGCCAACCUACGUAAGGGAUCAUAGUGCCAUAUAAAGUUGGAACACCAUUCUGAUGUCACUCUUUUAUACUAUUACUACCCUCUGUUGCAAAAUGGUAUUUGUAUAUGCUCCUUAGUUUUAUUUGAAUCGAGCUAGCUUCCCUUUAACAUUCAAGAACUGAAUAAAAGGAUGCCUCAUGCUUUUGCUAUGCUGUCGAGACAAUUUAAUCUUUAUACACUACUAUUGAAAAA